AUGCUCUCUACUAUGGUUCGGCCGGAAGAUGCGAUCAGAAUGACUCGUCCAUACCGUGGUGAGACCGACGAGGAGGAUGGGAGCAGGCGGACUCCAGAAUAUAAUGUCCCUGCUUCCUCAUCAUCCUCUUCAAUCGCCGAGGGAUCAGCCAGAAUUGAGGACGAAGCAACGGUGGUCAAUGAACCAAUGGGCGAUGGAAAUAACAGUGGCAGCAAGUCGCACUCGGGUCCGCGGCUCCUCUCGCAGGAGGAAACCAUUGAGCUUGCCCGCCGCGCGGUCGACAAUGGGAUACAAGAAACAAAGCGCUCAUUGGCAGGGAGCGAAGCAGUUACUGAUGUGGUGAAGCCAAAAUUAACUAUUGACCUGGGCCACUCCAACAUUUCCCGCAUUCCCGAGGCGGUAGUGGAUGCCAUCAAAGAUGAAGUUGAAAGACUUUCCUUAUCAAAUAAUCAUUUAUUCCACGUCCCGUAUCGCUUUGCGGAAUGCUCUCAUCUCCGAUAUCUUAAUAUCCGGGCAAACAAUUUCCGGGAAUUUCCUAAAGGAGUCUAUAAGUUGCCGCUUCUGGAGAUCUUAGAUAUCAGUCGGAACAAGAUCAGCCAUCUCCCUGAACAGAUCAAGAAGUUGACCUCCCUGCGAGUAUUGUCGGUAAUGCAAAAUCGCCUUGAUGACCUACCACUUGGAGUCUCCGACAUGAACAAGCUUCAAAUCCUGAAAGUGGCUGGAAACCCCUUGCGGUAUCCUCUACGACGAAUCCUGGAGAGUUCAGAAACAGAAAUUGGCCCCUCUACUAUAACCGACAAUGAGAAAGAGGUGGCGGUCACGGCGGAGCUUAAAAGAUUCUUGAAAACCAAGCAGUCUGUUGCAUUCCCGGAGAAUGACAGUCGCAGCGAUAUGAGCGAGGGCGUGCCGGAUACACCCAAACCCUUCAAACGUGGCAUGAGCAGCCGCUUCCCCGUGAUUCCGAGCACUGGUGACAGUGCUUCUGACCCCAAGUCGCCAUCUCUAUCACGUCCCCCACCGAUUCCAAUCAAGUCCCAUUAUCGCAUUGCUUCGGGGCAGGGCCCGGGCUUUCAGAGCAGCAUGCUUCAGCGACCUACCGCAACCUUCAACGAACGCAACCGGAGUAACAGCGAAGGCAUCAUUCAAGGCUCCUUCUCUAUGCGAAAUAAACGAAUGGGGGUCAUCAAUCGGAAGAAUACCGAUUUGGGGACUCUGGACGAAACCCGGGCGUAUCGAAACAGCCAUCUGCGUGGUCUAAGUUAUGGGUCAAUCCUACGGCCUAGGCCGUCCGGCACCGGAGGUGGCAGCAAUUCCUCCAGCCCUAGCAGUCCCAGAGAACGCCGACGUCUGAAAGAAGGCUAUGUGAAUCGAAUGUCAAGUUUGCCGGAACACAAAGGUGAAAGAGAAGCAGGAGAUCCUGUCAUUGAAAGUGCCAAAGGGAUUCUGUUUGCUCUAUUCCAGGUCCAAUCCCAUGUUUCUGCCUUUCUCGAUGUGAUCAAACGAGGCGAACCCCGACGAAACAGCCUUGAGAUAGUAUUUUACAACGCUUCCACUCACGUUUAUCAGCUCAACGAAGCGCUUGAAGCGGCGGAAAAUGACCAGCACGGCGAUACAGAACUUGCACGGCUAUCAAAAGAGACUGUCAAGAGAGAGUGCGAAACGUGUGUCAUAGCGUACACUCACGUCGGGCUACAGCUGCGCAACAAUCUCGAAAAGAUUGUCGCCAACGGCGACGCGCGCUACGUACGGUCGCUCAUGCUUAUGAUAUAUGGCAGUGUGAUUGAGCUGCGCAACGCUUGCGUGAGCCUAGGGGUCCCCGUAGCUCGCAAACGGCUCUCUGCCAAUAAGCCGCCUAUACCAGAAAUACACAAGGUGUCCGUGGGCUCAGAGCGGUUUCUCGGGCCAACCGUAACGCCGACAAGAGGAAGGGCACCAUCUUUUGCCGUUCGGCGGUUUCGGAGCGACACUACAAUCCAGCACUCCCAGAUCUCUGCAAGUGGGCCAUUGCCCGCCGCCUCGAAUUACCAGUCUACAGUCAGCUCACCAGGUUUUGCCCCCACUCCGUUCAGUUUCGGCGCACGGAGUCGGUCGAGCAGUCGAUCAAACCAAAUCUACCCAUCUGUGCCCUCCUCCCUUGCAACCCCACGUUCAGGGGAAUCAUUCCCGCCAAUGCCGAACUCGGUGGUUCCUCGUAUCAACCCCCUAACCGGCUUGGACGAGAUAGAAGAGGAGCGCCACUUCGAAAGAAUAUUCCACCAACUUACUUCUGCAUAUACCGCCGCUCUCCAGGCUUUGCCUGCAGCGCGUCGACAUUUGACGCGAUGUCUCGAGGUAGCUGAACAGUCACGGGAAUGCGAGGGGAUUCAGCUACUCUGGAAUAAUCUUAUCCGCCGCUGCCGUGUGUGCUUGGAGGUAUCCGAAGCCCUAGGGCUGCGCCUAUCUAAUAUGAAGGUGAAGGAGCCGGGCGGUGGAAUGCGUAAUCAGCGCGAAUUUUGGCAGUUAUGCAAAGGGUUCAUGCAAUCUUUUGUUGACCUUGUGACUGACAUGCGCGAAGUCAGAGGCAUGCAGCUUCUUCCAUUUGAAAUCGUCGUGAAUCUUCGUCCGGUUCAGAGGGCAUGUAGAGAAGCUGGUCGGCUAAUCGAAGCUUCUCCGUGGUCAUAUCUCGCGGAUAUGGCCUCUGCGAAUCCAACAAAUAUAUAUGGGCCCCCUCUACAAUCUCAACAUUCGCAACAUCAAACCUCGGUGUCCAACUCAAACGCCUUCCAUAUUAAUUCGACCCUGUCUCCCCAAUCCAAUGCCCUCCCGGCAACCCCUUUGAGUGCGGCACUUGGACCCGCUGCCCAGGCAACCGUACCAUCCACUCCUGCAAGCGCGUACAGCGAUAAAUUCUUCGAGGGCGACGUCUUUCAGAGAGCGGACUCCUUGCUUUCCAUGCCUAAUCAGGCACCUUUUUUCAGCCGUCGGUAA